GGUUUGAUGUGCAAUCCGACCCAUAUAUUAUUCGAGCCAAUAUUUUUAAUCUUACCAGUACACACAUAAAUUCGGGUCAACCCGUAUAUGACCCGUUUAAUCGGUCUACCAUUCCCCCAACUUUACCGCCCAUAUACCAUUUCCCCAACUUUUUGAUCGGUUUCAAAACACAUAUUCAAUAAUCAGUCAAUCCCUGAUUCUUCCACAAUGGCGGAAGUGAUCGGGAGCAAGCGGAAGAAUGUGUUGGACAACUUCAACUGGAAGAGUGUGUUAGACGACGACGACUCAUCGGACGAUCGUCCACCGGAGCUCAUCAUCACCAAAUCAAAACGGGAAAACGACGUCGUCGAUUACACAACCAAAACCAACGAUGAACUAAAAGAUAUCAUUUCCAGACAUAAGGGUUACCUUUCCAGUUCCACUCUUAGGUUAAAAGAUAACGGCGACAAGCUCAAAGCCACUAUCCGCCUAUGCGAAGCGGAACUCCAACGACGUCGUAACAAUAAUCACAAGGAUGGUGAAGAUUCAACCAUACUACUUUCCGAUCAAAGCGAUGAUGGUGCAUCAUGUAGGAAAGAUAGAAGUAAUCAGAAAUCUUUAGCUUCAUCAACAUUUGGAUUUAUGUUUUCUAAAAAGAUUGAUCAAGAUGCGAGGACUGUGAAUGCCUUUGGUGAAGAGCUGUCUUUCUUCAGUCCCCGUCAAGGAAGAAAGACGAGUCAAAAUGGUCAACUUUCAAAUAGGGGAAGAUCUAGUCAGCAAUCAUCUUCCAGAUCAGAACAAUUUCGAAGCCCUAUCGCUCUUGUUGAUAACAGGAGACAUAAAGUCGCAAAUUCUGAUAAAGUCCACCGUUCUACUACUUCUAUUCACCGUUUUUACGGUAGGACCCCUGCUCCUCAACAUCAGCCUUCAACGAAGUUGAAGCCUAAACUUCCUUCAUCUUAUAAUCUGGUGGAUGAGGACAUUGAGGAACCUUACGUUUCGGACACAACACUGUAUGCAGAAACAUUAAGUGACUGCAUGAAAGACGUUGAAGUGCAUUAUCCAUCAAGGGAUGAUCGGAACCCCGUUGAAGUUGUUUACACCGACAUGGAGUGUCUUGCUCCUGAAGCAUACUUAUCAUCAACUAUCAUGAAUUUUUAUAUACGAUAUCUUCAGCAAUCAUCAUCAGAAGACAGGACAUGCAACUACCAUUUCUUCAAUACAUAUUUCUAUAACAAGCUCCAGAAUCUAAACUACACGAAAGAUUCAUUUCUGAAGUUCAGGAAAUGGUGGAAAGGUGUAAACAUAUUCGAAAAAGCUUACAUAGUUCUUCCUGUUCAUGAAAGCGCGCAUUGGAGCUUAGGGAUUAUAUGUAUCCCAUCUAAGGAAGACGAGAUAGGCCCGAUUGUUCUUCAUUUGGAUUCACUCGGAGGACUUCAUGUCAGUAGCUCGAUUUUCACUACAAUUAGAAGGUUUUUGACAGAAGAAUGGAACUACCUGAGAAAUUCAGAAGUUCCUUUAGAUAUCCCCAUCAUGGAUGAAAUAUGGGAAAAUCUUGAUCAUAGGAUUAUCGACCGAAAAAUGCAGGUUCCACAACAGAAAAACUCGUAUGACUGUGGGUUAUUCGUUCUGUAUUAUAUUGAGCGAUUCAUUAAAGAGGCUCCAGAGAGACUAACAAAGAAAGAUAUAUCAAUGUUUGGAAAACAAUGGUUUCUCCCAGAAGAAGCUUCCAGUCUAAGAGUGAGAAUAAAUAAUCUACUUGUACAGGAAUUCAAGAUUGCAAAAGAGAAAGAAACCAUCUUGUCUCCCAAGAGUUAGUUUCCACAUUUUGUACAGAUCUUUGGUAGGCAAAAAAAAAAAAAAAAACUUUGAAUCAAUGGUGGUCUAGACUUCUGGUGAAAUUUUGACUUGGUUGUUAUUGGAGUUCAUAUUUGUUGGGAAGUGAAGUGAUGAUGCUCAGUUUUUUUUU